GGGGCUGGUGCUUACAUUAUCUGCCGGUGCGUGCACGAGCGAGCCAGCCAGCUCAGGUUUAAAACGCCGCACGGCCGCACCCACCACCUCCUCCUCCCUUCCGUCUACACCUUUCCUUCUCCUUCUCUCUCUCCCUCUCUCUCUCUCUCUCUCUCGUGUCGGGCUGUCGGCAGCCGCCACUCCUGAAGAGUCCAGACUAGAAAGGUGACGGAGCUCCAAGCGCCAUUCGCAUGGCGGACAAGAUCUCUACGAUCGUCCUCAAGAUUGACCUUGAGUGCGCACGAUGCUACAAGAAGAUCAGAAGGGUCCUUUGCAAGAUCCAAGACAAGUUGGACAUCAAGACGAUCUCCUACGACGAGAAGAGCAAUGCCGUGACCAUCUCCGGGCCGUUCGACGCCGACAAGGUCUGCAAGAAGCUCUGCUGCGAGGCUGGCCGGGUCAUCAAGGAGAUGAACAUCAAAGGCAAGGAGGAGUCCAAGGACAAGGACGGUGGAGGCGAUAAGACGAAGGCAGCCAAACCGGCUGAGAAGGACGCCGGCAAGCCGGAGAAGGCCAAGGAGGGCAAGGCGGACAAGGAGGCCGCCGAGCCGGAGAAGAAGGAGGCCAAGGCCGAGAAGAAGGAGGCCAAGGAGGAGAAGGAGUUGAAGCCGGAAAAGGAGAAGAAGGUCAAGUUCGAGUUCGACGAUGCGGCCCCUGCGGCGGACGCGAAGCCCGGCAACGCCAUGCCCAUGCCGGCCGGCAUGAGCAAGGCCGACCUCGGCCCGCUCCUGGAAAAGAUGAUGGCGUCCAAGCCCGGGCCCGAGCCGCCGCGCGGCGAGCCGAUCGCACCGCCGAUGACGAUGGUGCCGCCCGCGCCGGCCGCGCAGGGCGUGGCCGUGCCGUCCAUCUGGCCCGCGCCGGCCGGGUCCGUGUACGGCUACAGCUACAACCCGGGCUACGAGCCGUCGUCGUACUACGGCGGCGGGUAUGGCUGCGGAUGCGGUGGGUACAAGUACUGCCGGUGCGGCAAGCCGGCCGCGCCCGGCGGGUACUACGGCGGGCCCGUGUACGACAACCAGGGUUGGUACUACCACCAGCAGCAGCAGCAGCCGUGCUGCGAGGACCCCAACGCCGAGUGCAGCGUCAUGUGAUGGCAGUGGCCACGGACGUGACAGUCACAGAGCAAUCAGUGUGUGGUCACCCUACCAGGGCCAGUGCUGGAAAAAAAACUUCUUUCUAUGUCCUGUUCUUCUUGUUUAUGCCUGUAGGUUGAGUUGUGCAUGUGAAUAGUUGAGCUGUGGUGCUCUCUCGUGUUUAUGAUGAACGAUAAUGAGAACAUAGUAGUAGUAUAUUUAGAUGAA